AUGAAGUUUUCCAUCGUCUCUACCGCUCUUCUUGCGCAGGGCAUCGUGGCCAUGCCCUGGUCUUCUCAGAAGGGCAUCAAGGCCAAUGGCGACGAGAUCACUGUCCGAAUUAAGGUGACUGAUCAUUCCGGUCACCGAUUGACCCCCAAGCCGUUCAAGGGUCUUAAAACGUUGCCCGUUUGCUGGGCGACUUGCUUUCCUGACGCACCGGAUUGCCCGGAAGGUUGGGAAGCUACAGACACUGGUAAUGGCUGCUGGAGCUGCUGCCGCGAUAGCGACGCUAUGGAUCUUUAG